AGCACGGACGCUUAAACAUUAAACAAGUGACAAACCCCACAGCUGACUUGAUUAGUAGUGGCACAAGGAAUAAAGCUAUCCAACCCAGGAGCCAAUGGAGGGCUUUCGCUCUUGACUCUUUCCUUUGACACUCGCUAUACGACAUUCCCGUGCUCCGUCUAAUCAAGCGUUCCGACAAACACUUUGGCUGGUUGUGACACCCGGCGCCCGGCACUGAUAAUGGAACACACUCAUCAAUUAGUAAAGGUGACGAAUUUCAUGCUACACUUGAUUCUACUGCUGCCACUACAGCACACAACCUCGACCAGCGACAGUGAGGGAGGAAAUGCUCUCCCGAACAAUAUCGGUGCGAUUGGAGGUUUGGUGGGGAAAUCUUCCAGCGACUAUACCGGCCCGAUCACGGCUGGUGCGACGAUCACGGGCAGCGGGCGCGAAAGGUCACACUUAAAAGGGACUGGAGGCUGUAAUCGGGUGGUGUUUAGCUCGAGCCGCAUCCGGAACGGUAGCAUCGCACCGUCCCAUUCGAAACAUUCCGGCCUGUUUCCAUCGAGCCUGUGCCAGCUGUACGAGUUUGUCGGCGAUGGAGCGGAACGUGUUCAGAUCAUCUUUUCGGAGUUUCGUCUUCCGUCGACGUUCGGGCCGACCGAAUGCGGUGACACGGAUAUCCUAAUGGUUUACUACAUCGUUAACGGUCGCGAGGAGCUCGUGGAGACGCUUUGCGGUGACACGCUCCCCAAGCCGAUACUGUCCGACGGAUCGAGGCUACUGUUGGAGCUGCGCAGUAGUUACAACAACACGGAAAACAAGGGAUUUACGGGGGACUUUUUCUUUCUCACAAAUUUUGGCAUUCCAAAUGGCUUUCAACCGAAUCAGUCCGAAUGCACCUUUCACUACUUCCGGAACGUCACCAGCCAGGGAUGGAUCCAGUCACCCAACUUUCCCGGAGCCUAUCCAAGAAACAUCAUCUGUAACUAUCUAUUUCACGGUGGGCCCAACGAUUUCGUCCACGUGCGCUUCACGUACUUCGACAUCGAAGGAAUACGACCCUGCGACGAGGACACAGCCAGCGAUUACGUGGAGUUUUCUAAUUUUGUCACGCGCGAUCGCAAGUACGCGAUGUACUGUGGUAGCUGGCGCGAGCUAGUGGUACGCUCGGACGGUCGUUUCUUUCGCAUUACGAUGGUAUCGAACGAUCGUCUGGAUGGGACCGGCUUUCGGGCGCUCUACACCUUCGAAACGGUGCCGGUGGAGACGACGGAGCGGACCGAGGUAGCGUCGAUGGGCAAGGUCACCACGACCAGUGCCGCCAGCCGACUGCAUGGCUCACUGUCACUGAUGGCACUGAUUACGGUCCCUUCCUCACUCGCCAUCACGAACGAAAUCGGCAUCAUUAGCAUCAUUGGUAUUGUGCUCAUAAAAUUCUGUUUAGACUGAUGACAACGUUGGAACAGCACACCGUCCGCGAAAAAAGAACAUCCCACACGGAAGGAACGACGGAUUUAAUGGUCGUGCACUGAAAUUGCUUCCGUUAUCAGUUUACGCAAGAAGGGCUCACGAUGAGAUGCAAUACAUCGUCCAGAGGAACCUGCCCCAGAAAAGCUGUCCCUAAAAGUUCUAGAAAGACACGCAAAUCAAGGCUCGCACGUGUGGAAACGAAAGGAUUUUAAACCAAUGGAAAUUAUUUUUUUUAAGCCAAGAACUUGAUUUUUGUUUUUUAUGUUCAAAAGUUCUAACUGUAGAAAUCUUUAUCCUUGUUUUAAAUUAAUACAAGCUAGUAGCAUAAUUUAUGUUACCUAGGAAAAAACUUUAACUAAAAAUGAACCCGUUUUCAUAAAAAUUGUACAUAUUUCGAAUAAAACAUGUGAUUACUUGCAAAUGCGUACAUGAUUUAUGUUCAUUUCCCCUUAAAAACAAAUCGUAACAAAUAAAUACACAACAUUUUAACCAAAGGUAAUAAAAGAAAGAUUAUAUUUAAUAAACAGCAAUCAAUAAUCAAAUGCUCCAAAUCGGUAAAUAUAUUUUUAUACAUCCAAAGAUACUAUCAACAUUAUUUUCUUCUAAACACACCUUUGCCGUGACAGAAUUCACGUUAUUAUGGAAAAUGGCUCUCUGGCCAACACAGCUAUUCUUAAAUUAAUAUGCCAUUUCCCACGCAAAACGACCAAUAAAAGAUCCACUCUUUACGAACGUGAUAAUAAAUCAUAUGCUGGCCAAACAAUCUGAUCGACCUGUCCUUUACCAGCGCCAGCCGCUGAUAUAUUAGAUAACCAAUUAAUACUAUCAAUAUUUUACGCCACGAAGCGGUGCGCUAUUACGUCGAAGAUUAAUUUAUUUUUAUCACUGCCUGUUAUACCAUACACAGCAAGCCUGUUGCUUGCCUAAUAAGGGCCGUGCGUACCUGCGUCGGUUUUAUCAGCUAUGGUACAACAAAAAACUUCAGGAAAACAACAACGAAUCAAAACAACGACCCACCAGCUGACUGUAUCGCACGAUAAUAAUAAAGAAUAAUGCCAGUGAGAAGGGGCUUUGGUGAGAAAAAUAGCGGCACGCAUUACCGUGACUAGCUUAUUUCGCUCUCUUUACUGUGCUUUGCUCUGGUUUUUGUCCUUCACGGUGAGGCGAAGUGAAGAAGUUCGGUAAACAAUUCAACUAACACCACGGUUUCCUGUCACCAACACCUCUUUAACUGUGCAUAGGUUUGCUGAUCGACUUAAGUCGUAGCAGUAUUUCGGAAGGUCAGUGUUAAGGCCGG